UGUCUGCACAACAGCCCACAAUGAUGAGGUCACUGGUCUUCCAUCUGCUCCACCUCCCUGUCUGCCUCGCCUUGGUCCAGCUGCUCACGCCCUGCUCAGCUGAGUUUGCUGUGAUUGGACCCCCUGAGCCCAUCCUGUCCAUGGUGGGUGAAGUUGCUGAGCUGCCCUGUCACCUGUCCCCGAAGAUGAGCGCUGAGACCAUGGAGCUGAUGUGGCUGCGAUCCGGCCUCAGGCAGGCGGUGUGUGCAUAUGGAGAUGGCAAGGAAGAAACAGAGAUAGCAGAGUAUCGAGGGAGAACGUCGAUUUUAAGAGAGAACAUCGCUGAGGGGAAGGCUGCUCUGCGGAUUCACAAGGUCAGAGUCUCUGACAGUGGAACCUACCAGUGUUAUUUCCAAGAUGCCGAUUUCUUUGCAAAAGCCCAGGUGGAGCUGAAGGUUGCAGCCCUGGGCUCUGAUCUUCACAUUGAAAUGAAGGGCUAUGAGGAUGGAGGGAUCCGUGUGGAGUGCACGUCUGCAGGCUGGUAUCCACAGCCCCACGUAGAGUGGAGAGGUGACGGGGGAGAGAGCUUGCCCGCCAUGGCAGCACCUGGGGCUGCAGAUGGAGAGGGUCUGUAUGCAGUCACAUCAUCUGUGAUCCUGGAAGGCGGCUCUGGGAAGGGGGUCUCCUGUGUCGUCAGAAACCCCCUGCUCAGCCAGGAGAAGACAGCCAGGCUCUCCAUUGCAGGCCCCUUCUUCUCCAACACAAAACCCUGGCAGGUGGCCGUGUGGGUGACCCUUCUGGCUCUGCUGGGGCUCCUGGCUGGGGCAGUGUUCACAUGGUGUCGACAGCAGAAGAGAAUCUGGGUCCUGAGUCAGGAGAAGGAGAGGGAGGAAGCUGAGAAGCAGCAGGAGUGGAGUGCCAAAGAGAAGCUGCUUGAGGAGCUCAGGUGGUGGAUGCAGCAGUACCUGGCUCGUGAUAAGUAUCUGGCCUAUGCUGCUUUCCUUGCCUGUGUCUCCUUCCUUUCAGAGUGGAAGAUGGCCCUUUACCAACCUGCGGACGUGAUUCUGGAUCCAGACACUGCGCACCCCAAACUCCUUAUUUCUGAGGACCAGAGGAGCUUGCAGUAUAUACACACAUGGCAGAGCCUGCCUGACAACCCCAGGAGAUUUCAGGAUCGGUCCUGUGUGCUGGGUCGUGAGAGCUUCACGUCAGGCAGACACUUCUGGGAGGUGGAGGUGGGGGACAGGAAACAUUGGCAAUUCGGGGUGUGUAGGGAGAACGUGGAGAGAAAAUAUCAUCCUCCAGUAACACCCCAGAAUGGAUUCUGGACAAUAUCACUGUUCAAUGGGCAUGACUUCCAGGCUCAAACGGAUCCCCGGAGCAAACUCACAGUUGUCAAACCUCCUAAAAGAGUGGGGGUUUUCCUGGACUAUGAGAGUGCGGAGGUCUCGUUCUAUGAUGCCAUCGAUGGAUCGCACAUCCAUACCUUCUCACAGGCUUCCUUCUCUGGGCCUCUCUUGCCUCUUUUCUGGAUUUGGUCACAGGAGACCACUGCCUUGACCAUUUGCCCAGCACAAGAAGCAGUGGGGAGUUCCCUUCUGCCUGACCCACUGCCUGGCCCUUCCCUGGAGACCCCAGUGGCCUCAGGCUCAGCUGAUGGCAAAGAGGACCCUCAGGCGGAAGGUCAAACUUUGCUUCCCCCUGUCCAGCCAUGA